AUGCACCCCGUACAAGGCCUCUUCUCCCAGGCAGCGAUGGGACCUGACACCCACACGAAAUCAUCGCCUAUGCUACGGUUGCCGACAAACCUUACAGCCGGUCCGCGUCUGUUUACCCAUGCACCGUACCUCACGUCGGGCAACAUCAUCGCCAGCGAAGACCUCGACGCUGUCGAAUGUGGAACAUAUGCUAGGGCAGAUGGGCACCGCAAAAACCAAGGGCCACCGGGCACCAGCGGGCCCCACCAAUGUGGAUCAACCUUCAGUGCCAGGCACAAAAGUGCAAGCCAGCUGUAUAACCCGCACGGCUACCCUAACGGCAAGAAGAAUGUUUGUCGGCACUUCAUGAACGGCAGCUGCAAUCGCGGCAGCUCGUGCCGUUUCUACCACCCUGGGCCGAUUCAUCAUGUCGUCACGCCAACGCGCCCGCGAACCCCGAUCCAGCGCCCGCUAACUCCGCUGGCAGACCUGGCGCUGCAUAACAGCGCCUUUAUGGCCCAGUCUCCGGCGCAUAGUCCACGCACUGGACUGACAAGUACACUAUUGCGGUCGUCUCCGCGGCCGCUGAUAAUGAAGAGCGGAGGUGGAAGCGCGCGCAGUAACGCGGAAUCCUUCGCCUCUCCGCUGAGCUCCCCUUCGAACUCUGCCUCUGUCCAGCGCAGCUCCGCCUUUUUCGAGAGCCUGGCGCAGGCCGUGACGACAAAACUCGCUCUCUCGAGCCCUUCCGUUGGUCCGCAAUUCAGCCCUGGCACCUCACUCGGUGCUCGGGCGUUCUGUGGGCUCGGUGCCAACCCGUCACCUUCCCUGCAGCUUCCAGACUAUCUGCCGAAUGGUAGCGAUGACAGCACCAUGGAGAACUGCCACUCCGUCACUGCCGAGGACAUGGUGCUACUCAGUAGACCUCACAGCCCUUCCUCCCUGGGUCCACACCCAAUGUCAGUGUACCGGGCAGGGAUGCGGCUUGAAGCGAGCAGCAACAGCGGCAGCGGAGAAGGAAGAGAAGCGCCUGCCAGCCCGCACCAGAACUAUUUAUCCGGAAGCAGUUUCCCAGCUGUGGCACCCGAAACAGACACAUCCCCAAGGCCUGGUGGCGUGACACGAAACAAUCCCUACGCCUACUCGCCGACAGGGGUGCAGCGGCAGCCUAUUCAACCCAUGAGCCCGCUAAAGCGUACGCUGAAUAGCACACAAUGA